AUGAAUGUUCUUGACCUUGCUUUGGCAGGCCACAAUGUUUUCUUUUGUGGUUCCGGCGGUACGGAGAAAACAUUUACGGUUAAACGACUGGUAAAUAUCUUGGGCUCGAAGAGAAAAGUUGUUAUAACAUAUGAAGUGUCCCAGCUGAGCAGGAAGACAUUUGAAACAAUAAAUUAUAUUGCCCAGGGAGUGAGAGGUGAUGAAAAACCAUUUGGAGGAAUACAAGUGAUAGCACUUGGUGAUUUUAAACAACUACCACCAGUUUCAAAUGACUUAGACCAAGGUAAAUAUUGUUUUGAAAGUCCACUCUGGAAAAUAAUGUUCUGCCACAAUAUCCAGCUGAAAGUUGUCUAUAGACAGGAACAAAAGGAUUUCAUUGAUGUCCUUGAUCAGAUUGCUGUUGGUGAGAUGUCUGAAAGUGCACUUCAUUUUAUAUAUGAUUUGAGUUUAAACAAUCUGAAUGAAAAUGACUUUGGUUUGAAUUUUAUACCUCAUAUAUCUUGCACAAUCUUCGAUGCCAAUUUUCAGGGGUAG